AUGUCUUCAAAGAACCACCUCAUCACGCUCUCUCAAGACGUCUUGGCCGUCCUCUGCGGGUUCCUCGAUACAGACAACCUCAUCACCGCCGCUCAGGUCAAACCGCUAAACUACGCGGCAACUUGGACUCUCCGCCGUAACGACGUCAAGUACGGCUGGGGGCCUAAAAAGCACACCCGCGCCCUUUCAUGGGGUGCCUACAAGGGGUACGAGUCUGUCGUGAGGAUGGCCCUGAAGAUGAAGUCGUCUAUCACAGAGUCGCCAUUCUUUGACGGACUUGAGUACAAGAUGCGCGGCAACGCCAUGCACGUGGCCGCCAGCCGAGGACAUAACCACAUUCUCGAGAUCCUACUCGAUCAUGGGGGUGACAUCAACUCGUGGACGAGAACUGAGAAGAUUUUCGUUGCAAAUUAUUAG